CCAGCAUAGAAUCAUAAAUACUUAACGGGUGUAUUUGUUUAUUUCAAUAAAAAAAAACUAACAAAAAAAAAACAGGCUACGUAAUAAUGUUUAUAGCAGAAACUUAUGACCAAUGAAACGGAGGCACGCCCCGGUUCGGCUGUAAAACUCGUCUCCUCCUCCUUUCUGGGUUAAAGUCUGUAUCAGAACCAGUCCACAGCGGAACUCAAACGGACUGUAWUCCACUUCGAACCGAACACUUUGGAAAAUAGUUUCUUUUUUCUCUCUCCCCUCCAGUCCCGAUGGCUCGCCUGCUGAAAUGCAGCAUGCUCCUUCUCCUGACUUUCUUCCUCACGCUUGUUUUUGUGAGGGGAGAGUGGAUCGUGGCGCCCAGAAAGCUUGUGGAGAACGUAGAUUACACAGGCUACGACUUUAUCGCUAGGAUUCGCUCUGAUAAGGAGAAUUUCACAAAGAUAAAGUAUGAAUUACACGGUCCUGGUGUUGAUGAAGAUCCUAUUGGGAGAUUUGCUGUUGACCAAAAUACUGGCUAUGUGAAAGUCUAUCAAAUUCUGGAUCGAGAAGAAAUCUCUACGUACUAUUUAAGUGGUGUGGCAAAAUACCCUGAUGGGUCUCGUGCUGAAAAGGAUGUUGCCCUUACAAUUAAAGUUGAUGAUGUCAAUGACAAUUCACCAGUCGUUAAAACACAGCAAGUUGGGGAAGUCACUGAGAAUUGCAAAGCAGGGACUGUUGUCAUGAGAGUAAUAGCUACUGAUGCUGAUGAUCCUCAAACUCCUAAUGCUCAAAUCGCAUACCGAAUUGAUGAAAGGAGUGCCGGAGCUGACAUGUUUGAAAUCAACUCUAAAACCGGAGAGAUCAGGGUUAAAAAGAGUAGUAUAGACAGGGAGACCAAAGACACAUACAGGUUGAAUAUUAUUGCCUCUGACAUGAAUGGACAAGGAGGAGGAAACUCAGGAAGCGGUGAAGUUGUGAUUAAAGUUUUGGACCUAAAUGACAAUAUUCCAAAGCUGGAAAAAGAAUCGUACGAGGGGAGCGUGGAAGAGAACACAGUUGGUAUGGAAGUGAUGAGGAUUAAAGCCACGGACAUGGAUUUAAUCAACACAGACAACUGGCUUGCUGUCUAUGAGAUCGCUUCUGGGAAUGAGGGAGGUUAUUUCAGCAUUACAACUGAUGCUGCUACAAACGAGGGGGUCAUCACAGUAAACAAGGCCCUUGACUAUGAAGAAAUAAAGGCACUAGAUUUGGGUGUGAGGGUUCACAACAAGGCAGGCUACGAUUUUGGCUCUGGCACCGGGUCAAUGACGGGUGCAGGAGCAGGUAAAACGUAUCCCGUCAAAAUAAAUGUACUCAAUCAGAAGGAGGGUCCCCGUUUCCAGCCCACUGUAAAAGUGGUGCCCGUCUCUGAGGACAAAUCAUCAUUCUCCGUCAGCAAAGUCAUCACUACCUACUCUGCUAUUGAUAGUGACACACUAAAAACUGCCACCAACGUGAGAUACGCAAAGUUGCAUGAUGAAGACAACUGGUUGUCAAUUGAUGAAAAGACAGCAGAAAUCAGGAUGAAUAAAUUACCCGAUCGAGAGUCUAUAUAUCUAAAGAAUGGAACAUACUAUGCCGAAAUUAUAUGCAUUUCCAAUGAUGUUCCCUCGAAAACUGCAACAGGGACCAUAGCCAUUCAGGUGGAGGACUUCAAUGAUCACUGCCCAGAAAUCACCUCCACAACUCAGACCAUGUGCUUCGAUGAUAGUGUCAUUUAUGUCACUGCUGUGGAUAAAGACGAGUUCCCCAAUUCAGCACCGUUUCACUUCAAUGUGAUUGGAGACGACAAUCAGAAAUGGAUAGUGGAACCUUUAAAUGAAACCUCAGUCAUUCUGCGAGACCAAGCCCACUUGUGGCCAGGCAAAUACAGUGUGAAACUGGAGGUCGCAGACCAGCAGGGAAAGAUGUGCGCUGAUGACCAAGUAAUAGAUUUAUUGGUGUGCACAUGUGAAAAAGACGCUAAAACUUGUGCCGCACGUAGUUCUAGUUCUUCAGCUUUUGGAAUCGGCGGCAUCUUGCUAAUGCUGCUAGGACUGCUGCUUCUACUGUUGGUUCCCCUUCUUCUGCUGCUCUGCCUGUGUGGAGAUGCGGCAAGAGAGUUCAAGGCUUUGCCUUUUGAUGCAAAAGAACAACUCAUCUCCUAUCACACAGAGGGACAAGGAGAAGACAAGGAAGUUCCUCUCCUACAAAUUCCACUGAAUGUUGAUGGUGGUAUGAGUGGAACAGACAUCAAAAUGAGUGGGAGAAAGGAUUACGUGACAGGUUUGGUUGAAACGGAUGCAGCUCUAGGCGGAGGAUUAACCAUGACAGGACAGGACUCGUACUUGUACAACCGAUAUGGGUACUCCAGCGGGCAACAGCACAUGGGCUUUACAGAUGGAGGGAUGAUGGGAGGACAAGACAUCCGUUUCACCAAUUACGAAUAUGGGGCCUUUGAUGGAUUGGCCCUGCCAGAUCACCUUCUGGGGCAGUACUAUUCACAAAAAUCAGAGGAAGUGUCACAGCAAAAUCAACAAAACGAACAAUUCCAGGUCUACGGCUAUGAGGGUCAAGGGUCGUUGGCAGGUUCUGUAGGUUGCUGCAGCAUCCUUGAAAAUGAAAAUGACCUUGCUUUCCUUGAUGACCUGGGGCCAAAAUUCUUAACACUGGCUGAGAUUUGUCACGGAGGAUCUCUGGUGAGCAAGUCGGUGGAUGUAGAAGUUUCUCGUCCCCCAGUCAAACCGAUGCCUCAGAUCAGGCCUUCCGCCUCGACUCAUGUCCAUACUCACACGGAAACUGUCCGAGACAGGGACCACGCAAACGUCAACACCCAUAACACCUCCAAAGUAGCGUCCGGGUCCUCAACGAUCAUUCAAGAAGAGCGAGUUACCGAGAGAACUCACGGUUCUGCAACUGUUCCCAGUAUACAAGUUCAGGAAAAUAGGGUCAUUCCAAAUCAAACACUGCUCAUACAGCAGCCCACUAUGUACUAUGCUGCUACGCCCAUGUAUGUUGUUGAGUCCAAGCCACAAAUGGUGCUUGUUGCAGGUGGAACCCAGCAGGCAGUUGGCCAGGUGAGCCAAGCUGGGUUUAGUCAGGGUAUAAUGCAGGUUGGUGGCCUCCAAGGUUCUCAGGGCAUGGUCCUUGUUGAAGGGCAGGUAGGAAUGGGUGGAGUGGCAGGGCAGACAGCACAUGGCCUUUCUCAAGGCAAAGUGUCUGAAUCUACUCAAGUGUUUGUAGUCCAGAAUGGCUCCACUGGAGCAACACACAGUGCAAACUUAGUGCAGGGCAUUGGUCAAAUGGGGCAGGGGCUUGCUUCAAYGCUGGCAUCUUCAGAUGCCAGAGGUAAAGGGGUGCAGCAGGUAAAAUCUUUUUCAAUGAGUUCACGUGGUUCUGCAGGAUCAAAGGAGGACGUUGCACAGAUAACUGCACCAAAAGUUCAAGGAAACCAGAAGGUGGUAACGCAGCAUAAAAAAGUCACAAUAACAAAGAAAAAUGUUGAGUCUAGCACAAAUCUCUAGAUGACCCCCUUGUGUAACCUAGUCACUAAGGUUAGAUACAAUUACAAAGAUUUCUAUUGAGUAAAAUGCACUAUAGUACUUGUAUUGCUGCAAACCGUUUUAAAAUAUAACAAAAUAUGAAGAGUGUAAACAGCUUGACAUGAAGCUUUAUUUUGUGUUUACUACUAAUUUUAUGUAGGUCUAAAUGAACCCAGUUAUUUAUUAGUGUUAAGUAAAUUUACAAAAGUAAACAAUAUUUUAUAGGCAUUAUCUGACUUUUAUCAUUACACCAUAGAUAAUUAACAUCCAUUUCUGAGUUGAAAAAUGACCAGUUUCUACAUUUGAGCCAUUUUUUUUUUGGUUUAAACUACUAUAAUUCAAAUUAAAAGCUAGGCUAAUUUACAUUUUUUAUUUACAUUUCACACAAAAUCACAUCUCUUGACACACCUCUGCCCUUAGCAACAAAACGAUGGAAAGAUCUUGGAGACAAAGCAAGCUUCUUGUUCUAGAAACAGUUGUCGGAUUAAAGACUUCCUGUUUAUUAAACACCAAACCUGCUUAACAAGUUUAAAAGAGAAACCACUGCACAGGUUUAAUUUAUUCUGGCUCCAGUUUUUCCUUAAACAUAACUCUGAAUUCACUGUGCCAUUUAAUUAUCACAGACAAGUCAUUAAAACAUUCACUAAAAUAAUAGUUUUUGUUAUUGUUGUGUUUUUUUUUUCAAAUGCAAAUUUUUGUACAUUAAAAAGUGUUGAAUGCCAAAUCACAAAAAUGUGUUUGUAACAGAAUCUAGAUUUUUUUUUUGCAAGCCAAGUUUGUGCUAGUGUUGCAGUUUGACUUUUAGUAAAUUAGAAUGUUUCCGUUUAUGUAUUUCUGUUAGUUAUAUCUGUUUAAAACAACAUUUAGGUAAUAUGGGUUGCCUGAGUAUGCAAUGAUGUCCUUGCUAAACACUGAAAGUAUUUGUUGGGUGCUUUGGUUUCACACUGCUCUUUUUGUUGUGGAAAAAAAAAACGUUUUUUAUCUUUUGUAAUUUGCUGGGAAAGAGCAGUGCAGUACUGAGCUUUAUGACAAAUAUGUCAUAUUUUUCAUUCUGAUUGGUUUUUAAAGAUUGUAUGUGUGUAUAUUCAUAUAUAUGUAUGUAAAUAAUGUGUGUCAGAGGCAAUGAAUGUUUUAUAACAUAAUUGUGAUCUCAUUUGGGAAUUUCACAAUUUUGAAGGAUUUGGAUGGCAAGAGUGUGUUUGUUUAAAGAGUUUUUUUUUCUUAUUUCUAAUAAAAUAUUUCUCAUUCA